UGCAGGAAGUGUAGUAGCAUGGCGCGAUAUGCGUAAAUGGGUGUAGCAAAAUGACCAGCACACAUAGAGUGAGAUAAUACUGUACUAUAUUGUUUUUUUUUUUUAGAAUUGUAUGAAAAUACUUUGUUUCUGGUCUUUCGGUUGAGGUAGUACUUCCUGCAUGAGUGGAGCGAUUGGACUCGUUUGCUCAGGGUUCAUGUAGCUUGAAGCAAUUGUGGAAACAAUUAUAGUUGCAAUUCGCUUUCACAGUCCUGAAAAUCAGUGAUGGCUAUGGAUGUGACCUUCCUGGGAACAGGAUCUGCGUAUCCGUCUCCAUCGAGGGGAGCUUCGGCUGUUGUAUUCAGGACAGAAGGAGAAUGUUGGCUGUUUGAUUGUGGCGAGGGGACUCAGACCCAGUUUAUGAGAAGCUCCCUCAGAGCAGGUAAGAUUACAAAGAUCUUUAUUACACAUCUGCAUGGAGAUCAUUUAUUUGGACUUCCAGGUCUGCUCUGUACUGUGAGUUUACAGCUUGGUUCUACACCACCAAAACAACCUGUUGACAUUUAUGGUCCAGUGGGACUGAGAGAUUUUGUUUAUAGAAGUCUUGAGGUAUCUAAUUCACAGCUUGUCUUCCCAUAUCAUGUCCAUGAGCUGGUGCCUUCUCAAGAUCAAUGUCCAGAAGAAGAAUUCAAGGUCUCAUCUAUAGUUAACAAAGAAAAUGAUGAAGCUAUCGAGGAGACUGGAAGGACUAUAUAUAUGGAUUCUGAAGACCGUUCCUAUAUAUUGUUUAAAAGUGAUCAGUUUACAGUGAAAGCUUUCAAACUUUUUCAUCGCAUACCAUCCUUUGGGUUUGUUAUUGAAGAGAGAGAACGACCAGGCAAACUCAACAUGGAAAAACUCAGAGCCCUCGGUGUUCAGCCAGGACCUAUAUGUGGAAAGUUGAAAAAUGGAGCUAAUGUCCUCCUUGAAAAUGGACUAACUGUCUCCCCUUCUGAUGUUUUAGAAGACCCCCUUCCUGGUAGAAAAAUAUGUAUUUUAGGGGACUGCUCAGGAAUUGUUGCAGAAGAAAGUGUUAAGCUUUGUUAUGAGGCCGACUUACUGAUUCAUGAAGCUACCCUAGAUGAUGAACAAAUAGAUAAAGCUAAGGAACAUGGCCAUAGCACUCCAAAAAUAGCUGCUGAGUUUGCAGUUUUAUGUAAAGCUAAGAAGCUUGUGCUUACACACUUCAGUCAAAGAUAUAAACCACCAGGUCUGAUUACAGAAGGGGAUGAAGAUGUCACUGUGCUUAAGAAGCAAGCAGAAAGCAUAUUAAUCAACCAGGAAGUGAUCUUAGCAGAAGAUUUUAUGACAAUUCCAGUUACAAUUAAGAAACCAAAAUAAGAUUGUCCUUUCAGACACGUUGUGUUUGUAUGGCUAGAAAAGCAUUGGCAAGAGAGAAAUGGUUUGAGAAAGCACCAAGCAGGAGACUCUCUGAGAAGUUAGUUUUAAUUUUUUUUAUGGUGUAAGGGGUUAAAAAAAAAGUUCCACAGUAAGUUGUGCAAAAAUGACUUGCUCUAAAAUUAGACAGUGUCAUUUUUCCUACUACAGUAUCCCAUUAAAUAAUGCCAGUAUGUUAUUUAUGUCCCUUUUAAAAUGAAGUUACAAUAUCUGUUUUAUUGUUUUUUAUUAUUUUAGACUUUAUCUGAACUUAAAUAAAAAAUAUUUAA